AUGCAUGCAUGGAUCGUAUCAGUCAGCUUUAGUAGCAGUUCGUUCUCCCAAGAAAGUUUGCAGCUGAUGGAUAAGAGCAGCCCAGCAAGCAAGUCUGAUUCUGCUGCAGGAUUCCAGAUGCCUCUUCACUAUCCUCGGUACACGAAGGCGGACUACGAGAAGAUGGAGGAGUGGAGGCUGGAUCUGCUUCUCAAGCAAUAUGGCCUAGUUGCUGUCAGCAAUGGAACUCUCGAGGAGAAGAGGGCUUAUGCAAUCGGAGCUUUCUUGUGGCCCGAUCAGUAUUAAGAGACGUACGUAGUACUGGUACCCUAUAUAUGUAGUUCCUCUAUAUUGCAUACAUAUAUAUCAUAUAUGUGUGUAUAUAGAUUAUAGAGCUAGCCUGGUGUGUAAUGUCUAAUUAUUCGAUUUUGUUCUGUAAUUUGGGUCGUCUGUGUAGUUGCAGCUAGCUAGAUAGCUAUGCAGCUGUGUCCUUAGGAGAACGUUAAAGCCAGAAUAAUGGUUAUUGAGUAAGUUGCGGAUGUAAAAUAUAAGGGCAUGGUAUCCUGUACCUGACUUGAUAAAUCUCAAUGAAUAUCAGUAUUAGUUUGUAGUAUUCACCAA